AUGUCCAGCGCCGUCUCCCAUAAUGACUCGUCCGCACUGCGGUCUCGUCCCGUUCCCCUCCAGUCCCAGAAGUCGGACGUAAGCCUCAACACCCCAGUGGACAAGCUGGCCUUGGACAAUAGUGGCCGAUCAACCCCCGUUCCUGAAGAUGCACCUCCGUCGGCGCAUUCAAUUUCGACAGCUCGGAAACAAGUGAGGGCUCGGAAUCGCCUAUUCUACACGAUCUACUAUAUGCCACGGGUGUCUCACUUUGAUCCUGAUAGCGAUUACCAUAACUUCCGAGGGUUCUUCGUUCUGUUUUGGAUUAGCCUGUUUAUCAUGGUGAUGACAACUGUCCUGCGCAACGUGAAGGAUACAGGAUACCCGCUGCGAAUCCGAGUCUGGAGUCUGCUAUCUACAAAUGUGGUAGAGCUUGGUCUCACGGACCUAGCUAUGGUAGCCACCUCAGGCCUUGUCCUGCCCCUCCAGAAGCUCUACCGAAGCGGCCCCAAAUGGCUGCACUGGUCUCGUGGUGGUAUGAUGGUGCAAUGCAUGGGUGAAAUACUCUGGCUUGCUCUGUGGAUCAACUGGCCAUUCAUGCGCCUCUGGACCUGGACCGCCCAGGUCUUCUUCACACUUCACACCCUGACAUUACUCAUGAAGCUUCAUUCUUAUGCCUUCUACAAUGGUCACUUGAGUCAGACCGAGAGCCGACUAAAUGAUCUAGACAAGACCGGGUCCCUUCCGCCCAGCUCCCCAACCGCCGUCCGCUACCCGGAACCAAACCGGCGCCGGCCGUCGAUGAAGCUACACGAUGAUGAUAACCAACCUGAUGAGCCAUUAGCUCGUCUGCGUGAGGAUCUGGCUACAGAGUUGACCUCGCCACUGGGUAACAUCUCCUACCCACAAAAUCUUACCGCUGGCAACUACAUAGACUUUCUCUUCUGUCCGACAUUGUGUUAUGAGCUCGAGUAUCCUCGUCGCCAAGAGCGCCGCUGGGCAGAAAUCGGAUGGAAGGCCCUCGCUGUAUUCGGAUGCAUCUUCCUGUUGACUCUGACCAGCGAAGAAUUCAUCCUACCCGUUCUCACCGAGGCCCAUCUCCAGCUUGAGACCUUUGAGAGUACCACUGACAAGGCGCUCGUUCUGGCCGAAACCAUCAGCAUGCUCCUCUUCCCCUUCAUGAUCACUUUCCUGCUCGUGUUCCUGGUCAUCUUCGAGUAUGUUUUGGGCGCCUUUGCCGAACUCACUCGCUUUGCGGACCGUCACUUUUACUCUGACUGGUGGAAUUCCUGUGAUUGGCUCGAGUUUUCGAGAGAGUGGAAUGUUCCCGUUCACCACUUCCUCUUUCGCCACGUCUAUUUCCCAUCCCGAUCCCGCUUCUCCCAGCCAGUUGCCAUGCUCAUUACCUUUUUGGUAAGCUCCGUCUUCCAUGAAUUGGUCAUGAGCUGCAUCACCAAGAAGCUGCGUGGAUAUGGAUUUGGCGCUAUGAUGCUCCAGCUCCCUAUCGUCGCAGUUCAGAAGUCUCGUUUCUUCAAGGGACGAACCACCCUCAACAACGUCUUUUUCUGGUUUUCGAUGAUCUCGGGACUGUCGAUUAUGUGCGUUUUCUACGUUCUAGUCUAA